AUGGGCAUUAAAACAUGGGUGAUCUUCAUCUCUCUCACAACCACAGCAAGCUCCCAAUACUCAGGCCAUUCAUGCUCCACCACCGGCAACUACACCCGAGAAAGCCUUUACAGAGCCGACCUCAACGCCCUCCUCGCCUCCCUCUCCUCUACCAACGCCACCUUCUACAACGCCUCCGCCGGCCAAGCCAACGCCGCCGCCCUCUGCCGCCCCGACAUCCAGCCCACCACCUGCCGCGGCUGCGUCAAGAUCGCCGCCGCCGACGUCCUCGCGCAGUGCCCCGACCAGCUGGAGGCCGUCGAGGCGAGGGCGGCGCUGCUCGACGAUCUCCGCUCCCGGGCCGCCGCCGGAGGGUCGGUUCUGAAGGCGGCCGCCGGGAGCAGGGCGGCCGGCGGAUCCAACCAGACGGUUUUCGGGCUGGUGCAGUGCUCGCCGGAUUUGUCGGCGGAGAAUUGCUCGAGGUGCCUGGCCGAGGCCGCCGCCGUUAUUCCGGCUUGCUGCGAUGCGUUGGUAGGCGUUAGAGUGUACACGCCGAGUUGCACUAUUCGUUACGAGCUUUCGGAUUUCUAUAAUGAGACGAGGCUGCAAGAACUGAUUGCAGCGUCGCCGCCGCCCAUUGCAGGGAGUGAUGGUGAUGCUAAUAAAAUUAGGAAUAUCGUCAUUAUCGUCGUAUCCAUUGUUUCUUUCCUAACCCUAGCAUUCUUUCUAAGAAAGAAAACGAAAAAACAUGAGACAACCGAGGAUCCCAACGUCGAAUCCAUACAAUAUGAAUUUCACAAGAUUAAAGCUGCAACAAACAAUUUCUCUGAUGCUAACGCUCUGGGGCGAGGUGGAUUUGGGAUUGUUUACAAGGGCAAACUUGAAAAUGGAAAAGAAAUAGCAGUGAAAAGAUUAUCAAGGGAUUUAGGGCAAGGCGAGGGCGAGUUCAAGAAUGAAGUGUUGUUGGUAGCAAGGCUUCAACAUAGGAAUUUGGUUAGACUCUUAGGUUUCUCCACACAAGGAAUUGAGAGGCUUCUUGUCUACGAGUUCGUGCCAAAUGGAAGCUUAGACAAUUUCCUAUAUGGUGCCCUACCUAAUUCAUAA